CGUAGAUAUCAUAGACUUAAACUGACCCAGAUUUUAUUACAUGAGUUUCCUGCUGCGUCCACUAGCGGCCAUGUUUUCACUUUUUCCAAACAGGGUUUUAAGGAAGUCAAAAAGUAAUGUUGGCAGUUAUGUUACAAAGACUGUCAAACCAUUGCUAUUCCAUAUUUUUAUUUUAAGUUCAUUGAGCACAGAAUCUAACAUAACCUCUUCUGUAUCUCUAACCUCUAAAGCACUGAGCCCUUGAAACAGGUGCCAAUUAAGGGAAAUGCAAACACCUGCCCAGGUUGUUCCACAGUGGCCUCUGCUGACUAUUCACACCUGACUCCAGUCAUCUACUCAUCGUAGAGGUAACCGGUCUGUGGAAGUGGCCUCACUUUAAAAGCUCUGCUGUGUUCACUGCAGUCACUGAGCUGAAACCUUUAUUGUUUGGUCUCAAACAGUGCAAAGUUUGUGCAGGUUGUUUGGUUUCAGCUUUCAGCUUUCAGAAUGUCCUUUGGAUUUUGUGUGGGGGUGAUUCUGCUCUCACUCCUGUGCUUUGGCCCACAAGCAAAAGCACUGAGCUACAGAAGUGAUGGCUCUGGGGGCCUUCAGCCUUCCUUUCCACGUAAAGGAAAUGUUAUUCAGUCGGGUAUUGUUUCAAGUCGUGGUAUUAAUGUGGGUUCUGCUCAUCAAGCUAAGCCAAUCUACCAGACAAAGCCCCAGCAGCCGAGCUACCAGCAACCUAGGCCCCAGCAGCCGAGCUCCCCGCAGCCUAGGCCCCAGCAGCCGAGCUCCCCGCAGCCUAGGCCCCAGCAACCUAGGCCCCAGCAACCUAGGCCCCAGCAGCCAAAGCCCCAGCAGCCGAGCUACCCACAGCCUAGGCCCCAGCAACCUAGGCCCCAGCAGCCAAAGCCCCAGCAGCUGAGCUACCAGCAGCCAAAGCCCCAGCAGCUGAGCUACCAGCAGCCAAAGCCCCAGCAGCCAAAGCCCCAGCAGCUGAGCUACCAGCAACCUAGGCCCCAGCAGCCAAAGCCCCAGCAGCCGAGCUACCAGCAGCCUAGGCCCCAGCAGCCGAGCUACCAGCAGCCUAGGCCCCAGCAGCCGAGCUACCAGCAGCCUAGGCCCCAGCAGCCGAGCUACCAGCAGCCUAGGCCCCAGCAGCCGAGCUACCAGCAACCUAGGCCCCAGCAGCCUAGGCCCCAGCAGCCGAGCUACCAGCAACCUAGGCCCCAGCAGCCAAAGCCCCAGCAGCAGAGCUACCAGCAACCUAGGCCCCAGCAACCUAGGCCCCAGCAACCUAGGCCCCAGCAACCUAGGCCCCAGCAACCUAGGCCCCAGCAACCUAGGCCCCAGCAGCCGAGCUACCGGCAACCUAGGCCCCAGCAGCCGAGCUACCGGCAGCCAAAGCCCCAGCAGCCGAGCUACCAGCAACCUAGGCCCCAGCAGCCAAGGCCCCAGCAGCCAAAGCCCCAGCAGCCGAGCUACCAGCAGCCCAGGCCCCAGCAGCCGAGCUACCAGCAGCCCAGGCCCCAGCAGCCGAGCUACCAGCAGCCCAGGCCCCAGCAGCCCAGGCCCCAGCAGCCCAGGCCCCAGCAGCCCAGGCCCCAGCAGCCCAGGCCCCAGCAGCCCAGCAACAGUCUAAGUCAAAGCAAAGCUGGCAUGUGGGAUGCAGUUUCUCGUGGUUUUGACCCAGUGGAUACCAUGCCAAGAAGUUUUAGACCCGUGGUCGCAGGGAGUGGAGCUUGGCGUCGGCGCUAAAUGGUGACCUGUUCUUAAAGUCACAUUUUGAAUUUUUUUUUUUUUGAAAUUCAAUAAACACUUGGAACUACA